AUGGCAACACGUACAUUCGACUCCUCCCGCUGGACUUCAAAACGCCAACUACUAUCCGGAAAACCCUCCACACCGACCGAAGUCUCCAUCCACUACAUCUCCUGCUCUCCCUCUACCAAACAACCCAAAGCAACCAUCCUCCUCAUCCACGGCUUCNCUCAAACCUCUUAUCAAUUCCGUCAUGUCAUUACCCCUCUAGCAGAAGCCGGAUACCUCGUAAUCGCACCCGAUUACCGCGGCGCAGGAGAAAGUUCGCGUCCCAGAGAUGGCUAUGAUAAACUCACCAUGGCGAAAGACCUGCAUACUCUAGUUACCCAGCACAUUGGCAUCAAGGACAAAAUCCAUGUGGUGGGUCAUGAUAUAGGCGGAAUGAUUGCCCACGCCUACGCAACCCAAUUCCCUGCUUCCACAGCUUCUGUUUCUUGGGGAGAAUGUCCACUACCAGGAACUUCGUUGUAUACAUCCUACGUUGCCGAAAACACACAUGGCGGGCUCUGGCAUUUUGUCUUUCACCAACAACUCGAUGUCCCUGAAUUGCUCACUCAAGGACACGAACGCCAAUACCUGAAAUCCUUUUACGAUCGCCUGACGCAACAUCCGUCUGCAAUCUCUACCCUCGAUGUAGACAUCUACGCAAACCAAUUCUCACAACCAGGGGCUAUGAGAGCGGGUUUUGAUCUCUAUCGCGGCUUUCACCAAGACUACGAAGACAAUGCAAAGAUGAUUCAGGUAAAGGGAAAGAGUAAAGUGCCUUGUUGUGCAUUAUGGGGAGAACUGAGUUUUAUGAUUGAGAUUGCGGAAAAGCAAGCAAAAGAAAUGUAUAACGAUGUGACAUUAGCGAAGGUCAAGGGGACGGGCCAUUGGUGCGCAGAAGAGAAUCCAGCGAGUUUUGUAGACGAGGUUUUGGGGUUUGUCGGCAAGCAUUAA